UUAAUUACGUGCUCCACAAGCCAGCCUCAGCCUCUCUCCCUUGAUUCUUGGGUGAACGUUUUCUGCUCUUGCUUUUUCCUCCAAUUUUCGCAGAAAGCACGUGUCUGUUCGUGGAUGUAUAUAAAAGCCUGUCUUCCUCGCACCCUCACCCUCACCCAUCGUCCUGAAGGUGGCUAGGGCCUAGGAUUAUUAGCGAGCUCUUCCUUGCUCCCAUCCAAUCUUCAAAUAUCUUGAAUCAGCACCAGAUCAGGUUUCUCUACUAUAUAGACUAGUAUAUAUUGAAGGAGCGACGUGGACUAGGUUCUAAAGUUGCUCACACGUACGAAUGGGGUUGCCAAGGAUUGCAAGAACUACAUGGAGGCAUUUUUUUUCUGUUGAUUCUUCUGCUAGAUUUGUCACUCCCAACCCACGCUGGUCAACUUGGAUUGCUUCCUGGAACUCGCCCAGAGAAUGAAUGCCGAAACUUCUCCUCCCUCAUAAGUAGAAAUUCCACAGUCACCAAUUGGAAACAAGUUUCUGUAGAUAAACCGUUACCGAGGGAUGCUUUCCACCACAGGGCUGUUGGUGUGACAACACAAUGCCAUUACCAUGCUGCUGGUGCAGCAGCAGCAGCAGCAGCAGCACCAGCACCAGCACCACAGAUGGCUAAUCUUAUUGAUUCGGACGCCGAGGUUGAUGAUGGUAGGCUGCCGGGACUUGAACCAACGAAACCUGGGGAGAAGCCACGAGUCGUCGUUCUGGGUUCUGGUUGGGCUGCCUGCAGGUUUCUUAAAGGGCUAGACACAAAAAUCUAUGAUGUUGUCUGCAUAUCUCCAAGGAACCAUAUGGUCUUUACUCCUCUGCUUGCUUCUACAUGCGUCGGGACCUUAGAAUUUCGAUCAGUUGCGGAGCCAGUUAGUAGAAUUCAGCCAGCUCUGUCCGGAGCCCCUAAUUCAUACUUCUACUUGGCUUCUUGCAUGGGCGUUGAUACAGACAAGUACGAAGUGUAUUGUGAGGCUACUCCCAAUGCUGGCCUUCCUAGUGAUCCAUACCUCUUUAAAGUUGCCUAUGACAAGCUGGUCAUUGCAGCUGGUGCCGAUCCUUUGACAUUCAACAUUAAAGGAGUGAGGGAGCAUGCACUUUUCCUCCGUGAAGUCAAUCACGCACAAGAAAUCCGAAAGAAGCUUCUGUUGAACUUGAUGCUUUCUGAAAAUCCGGGCAUAUUGGAAGAAGAGAGGAAGCGCCUCCUGCACUGUGUUGUGAUUGGCGGUGGCCCGACUGGAGUUGAGUUCAGUGGUGAACUGAGUGAUUUUAUCAUGAGAGAUGUUCGCCAAAGGUACUCUCAUGCAAAGGAUUACAUCCGGGUCACCCUCAUAGAGGCCAAUGAAAUAUUAUCAUCAUUUGAGGUGGGGUUAAGGCAAUAUGCAACUAAUCACUUGACCAGGUCUGGAGUUCACCUUGUGCAAGGUGUUGUGAAGGAGGUGCUUCCUGAUAAAAUUCUGUUGAGUGAUGGAACUGACAUUCCUUAUGGCCUGCUAGUCUGGUCUACAGGUGUUGGACCAUCUCAAUUUGUGAAAUCUCUUGAUCUGCCUAAAGCUCCUGGUGGAAGGAUUGGUAUCGAUGAGUGGUUGCGUGUUCCAUCUGUGGAAGAUGUGUUUGCACUCGGGGACUGUGCAGGUUUUCUUGAGCAGACAGGGAAGCAAGUCCUUCCUGCAUUGGCUCAGGUGGCGGAAAGGCAAGGCAAGUAUCUGGCAGAGUUAUUCAGGAAGAUUGGAAAGGAGAAUGGAGGAAAAGCAGGCUGUGCGGCAGACAUACCCCUCGGGGAUCCCUUCAUCUACAGGCACCUCGGAAGCAUGGCUUCUGUUGGGCGUUACAAGGCAUUGGUUGAUCUAAGGCAGAACAAGGAUGCGAAAGGGCUGUCCAUGGCUGGGUUUCUUAGUUGGUUCAUCUGGCGCUCAGCUUAUCUUACCCGCGUUGUGAGCUGGAGGAACAGAUUCUACGUGGCAGUGAACUGGGCCACCACCUUCGUAUUCGGCCGGGAUAACUCCAGGAUUGGUUGACACCUCACUAGCCCAACAACAUUUUAGUCCGUUAACAUUCACCAUCUAUAUUUUUCAGUCCGUCAUCUUCGUCCAUUGCCGGAGAUGUGCUCUUGCUCAUUUCUCCAAUAUAUAUAUAUAUAUCAAUUUUUUUUGUAUUCAGGUCCUAUUAAAAACUUUUUGUAAGUGGUCAGAGUUUGAUUUUUAUGUAAAAGCAUAUUUUCCAAAAUGUGAGUAAUGAUUAUGACCGUGAGUAGAUUUUAUUUC